GGACAAGCUGGGAUAUUUGAUUCGAUUUUAAUUAUCUUCAUGUCUCUUAUAAUUAUAGUAAUCACUACCUUUUCAUUGUCAGCAAUCAGCACAAAUGGACGCGUUAAAGGAGUGUGUGUAUCAAAUUAGCACUAGGACCAUUCCACACAGCAAUGUUAUCGGGUUUUCCUGUGAUGACCGGAUGCGUCUUACCCGAACCCGCAUUUGUCGCGAUGUUAAUCGAAUGGCUCUCAGCAAACCAAUUACGUCGAAAUUGAAAGAACGUUCUCGGACAUUUCACGAAGAAUGGGAGAUGCAAUAUUGCUUUACUGAAAGCAAAGCAUUGAAGCCCAUAUGUCUUAUUUGCUCCACUACGAUUACAGUCACCAAAAAAUAUAAUUUAGAACGGCAUUUUAAACAAAAUCAUUCAAGUAUUAAUAAAAACUACCCGGAAGGAAGUUCUCUAAGAGCUGAGUUUAUAAAGAAGAAAAAAAAAGAAAUAUUUGGUCAGCAGAAUCUGUUUGUAAAAAAAUUUGAUGAACUCGAAUCUAUGGUAAAAACAUCAUAUGAGAUAUCUUUACUUUUAGCCAAAAAUAAAAAGCCUUUUUCUGAUGGGGAAAUUAUUAAAGAGGCUUUAUCAAUUUUUUCUAAUAACUGUAAUGAUAAAAAUAUAAAAACUAAAGCAGACGGUAUUUCACUUUCGAGAAAUACUGUAACAAGACGAGUAGAGGAGAUGUCAAACGAUAUUAGCAACCAAAUAACACAAACCGUAACGAAAUAUUUAUUAGAGCUCAGCCAGUUGGAAACUACAAGUACCGGAAGAGACAUAUUUAUGAAAAUCAAGGAAUGUGUCGACAGAAAAGGUAUAGCGUGGGAAAAAAUUAAUUCUGUUUGUACUGAUGGAGCACCCGCUAUGAGGGGAAAAAUAAAUGGUUGUGUGGCCUUGUUAAAACAGUUCUUAGGCCGGGAAUUAUUUUCAUAUCAUUGUAUCAUCCAUCAGGAAGCUUUAUGUGCCAAAGAUAUGAAGUUUAAUGAUGUUAUUGAUCCUGUAGUACGCUGUAUUAAUUAUAUCCGAGCCAAAGCUCUUCAUCGAAGACAAUUCAGG